GUGGCUGUCACGUGACCAAGAGCCGCCUAGAGCACAAGUCCUGCUAGUCGCCUCCGUCUGGGUACCAGCCCCCUAUUACUCUGCAGGCGUGUGAAGAAAGAAGGAAACUAGCUCGGACUGUGCAGGUUUGUAGGUCUGUUGGCCUGUAGGUUUCGGCACAAGUCUCAGCGAGAGAAGGAGAAAACUGCCUUGGUUGGAACCUUGCAGGCUCUAUCCUCUAUCACUGUGGAGGGACCACUGACAACAGAAGACAAGGGAAAACCAAGGAAUUUACCUGACUUUGGUAGAGAUUCAUCACAAGAGAGCUACAAGAGCCUAGAAGAAGCUAAAGACUGCUAUCCUCCAUCCUUACUCACCUUGGACCUGAGAGACUCUUCAAUCAGGUGGAGCAAGGCCCUCUCCUGUCCUGCCCCAAGGCUGGCACGGACUUGAGCAUGGGCCGGGCUCGGGAAGUGGGUUGGAUGGCGGCAGGACUGAUGAUUGGGGCUGGUGCCUGCUACUGCGUUUACAAACUGACCAUAGGAAGAGAUGACAGUGAGAAGCUGGAGGAGGAGGAGGAAGAGGAGUGGGACGAUGACCAGGAGCUGGAUGAGGAGGAGCCUGAUAUUUGGUUUGAUUUUGAAACUAUGGCUCGGCCCUGGAGUGAGGAUGGGGAUUGGACUGAACCUGGGGCCCCAGGUGGCACUGAGGACAGGCCCUCAGGGGGAGGCAAGGCCAACCGAGCACACCCAAUAAAACAGCGGCCAUUCCCCUAUGAACAUAAAAAUACUUGGAGUGCUCAAAAUUGUAAAAAUGGUAGUUGUGUUCUGGACCUCUCCAAGUGUCUUUUCAUUCAGGGAAAACUGUUGUUUGCUGAGCCCAAGGAUGCGGGCUUUCCAUUUAGCCAGGGUAUCAAUAGCCAUUUGGCCAGUCUCUCAAUGGUUAGAAACACGAGCCCCACACCAGACCCCACUGUUAGAGAGACUUUGUGUGCCACGGAUAACUUAAAUGCGAACACUGAAAGUGAGGGCCAGAUUAAGAUGUACAUCAAUGAAGUGUGUCAGGAGACUGUGUCACGUUGCUGCAACUCAUUUCUGCAGCAGGCCGGAUUAAAUUUGUUAAUAAGCAUGACAGUUAUUAAUAACAUGCUUGCCAAGUCCCUUUCAGACUUGAAGUUUCCUUUGAUAUCAGAGGGAAGUGGAUGUGCUAAGGUUCAGGUUUUGAAACCACUGCUGGGUUUGUCUAAAAAGCCAGUCUUGGCAGGGGAGUUAGUCGGUGCCCAGAUGCUCUUCUCAUUCAUGUCCCUC